GCUCGCAGACCUGACGUAGCGACCUUACGUCAGACCGAGUUAAUCGAACCAGAGCCUGUGUUGACGUCUGCUGCUGGUCUCCCGGACAUUUGCUAACGCGGCGGGACCAAACUUCUAACCCCAGGAUGUUUUUGUCCGCUGCUCUUCGCUCCGCUGCAUCGCAUGCGGCCAGGCAGGUCAGGGGUCUGCAUCGAUCUGCCGCUCGCGCUGGAGCUGGUGGCAUCUUUGUGCACAGAGAUACUCCUGAGAACAACCCUGAUACUCCCUUUGAGUUCACAGAGGAGAACAAAAAGAGAAUUGAGGCGAUCAUUUCAAUGUAUCCGCAUGGACACAAGCAAGCAGCCACCAUCCCCGUGUUGGAUUUGGCCCAGAGGCAGCAUGGAUGGCUCCCCAUCUCCGCCAUGAACAAGGUCGCCGAGGUGUUGGAGGUUCCUCCGAUGAGAGUGUACGAAGUAGCCACGUUCUAUACCAUGUUCCUGCGUCAGCCUGUGGGAAAAUACUUCAUUCAGAUCUGCACGACGACACCGUGCAUGCUCUGCAACUCCGACAGCAUCCUGGAGGCCAUCCAAAACAAACUGGGUAUCAAGGUUGGAGAGACGACUCCAGACAAGAUGUUCACUCUAAUAGAGGUGGAAUGCCUGGGCGCCUGCGUCAACGCUCCGAUGGUCCAGAUCAACGACAACUACUAUGAGGAUCUUACGCCCAAGGAUAUUGAGAACAUUAUUGAUGAACUCAAAGCUGGCAAAAUCCCACCGCCAGGACCCAGGAACGGUCGUUUCUCCUGUGAGCCUGCAGGCGGGUUGACCUCUCUGACCGAGCCUCCUAAAGGACCAGGAUUCGGUGUAAGAUCGGACCUGUAGACGACGAUUUCAGGCUUUUCCUGACAGCAAGUUAUCACUGAAGAUGACAUGUUUAACGCGAACAUAUUGUGUAAAUAAAUUGUUCAUGUACCUGUU